AAUGGACAUUGAGAUCAAGGCGUACAUUACACUUGUUUUAAUACACCUUGGAGUUGGUCUCUACUUUCUAUGGGCACUAACACCGGAACGCGUUAUAAAUGCCUAUGGAAUCACAUAUUACCCAUCGAAGCACUGGGCAGUUGCUUUACCUGCAUCUUUGAUUAUCAUCGGGCUAACAGCUGCUUUUUACAGUUACUUUAGUGAACGGUCAAUGCUACCACCGCUGAAUUCAAGAACUGCGUUCGUAGAUCCCGUUGUACAACUUGAAAGUGAAGUGCAGAAAAGGAAACCACUGUAUGAUAUACCACUGGAAGUUGUAAACCAGAAACUUUAUCAAUAGGCACUGUU